AUGUCAUUGUCCAUUGAAAAUUCUUCUAAUAUAGAAACAUCGAUUGCUAUAGAAUUAUGCAAAUAUCAUCCAUAUUAUUUAGUUGGCGAGACUAUUUGGCGAAUAGGCGCACUCUUAUGUGUUCUAUUAGGUAUGCCUGGUCAUAUAAUUGUUGUUAUUAUUAUGCUCAAUGCGAGAAAUCGAAGACAACCUGUUUGCUUAUAUUUUGCAACAAUUGCUAUUUUUGAAUUUAUUUAUCUCAUAAUUGUCUUCUGGUUAUGGUGUGCUUCAUUAUCAUUAGUGCGUGAUCCACGUGCUGUUUUAACAUGUGGACUCUAUUAUAGUUUAACAAUUGGUUCAUCAAAUGUUUCAACACUUUUGCUUGCAGCUGCAUCUAUUGAUCGUCUUGUUAUUGUUGUUUAUCCUAGUCGUUAUUCAACAUUUGUAACACGAACAAAAGCAUUAAUUAAAAUAAUAUUCAUUAUAAUAUUUGUUUUUAUUCUUAUAAUUCAAUAUCAUUUUUCAUAUUAUUUUUCUUAUUCAUAUAGUGUUUGUGAAUAUUAUUCAUAUGCACAAUUAUGGCAAGGAAAAAUUUGGGCACUUAUACGUCUUGCUCUAUUAGCAUUUAUUCCAUGUCUAAUAAUAUGUAUUUGUUCGUUGGUUAUAUUAAAGAAUCGUUAUUAUCGUCGUCCAUCAACAACAAGUGAAACAACAGGUACAAGACAUAUGCGUACAGCUUCACUUUUACUUGUAAUUUAUUCAAUAUAUUAUACAAUAAGUGUAAUGCCAUUAAAUAUUCUUCAAUUUUUUCAUUCACAUUUUUUUAAUGAUAAUACAAUAAGAAAUACAUCAGAAAUCAAUUGUUUAAAAUUUUCUCAAUGGAAAUUGUUAAUGAAAUUUUGUAUGCUUUUAAUGGCAAUUAAUUAUUCGAAUAAAUUUAUUGUUCAUUAUCUUGUAUCAAUGCAAUUUCGUCGAUAUGUUUGGAAUUUAUUUAAAAAAAUGACUUUGACUCCCGAAAGAAACAAUAAACGUACAAGAAGUAUUGAAGGAAGUGUUUUUCCGACUCCAUUGUCUCUAUCAAAUGAUGAUCCAAAUUUUCGACAAUGUCCAAAAGAAAAUGGAAUAUAUGCACAUACAACUAAUUGUUCACUUUUUCACGCAUGUACGCUUGGUAUACAUACAAUUUAUUCAUGUAUUGAUGGUUUCUUCUUUAAUCCAACUAGUAAUAUAUGUCAAUAUAUGCCCAUUGAAAAAGAAACAAAAUGUGCUGAAAUUCUUAAAACAAUGAAAGAUACUGAUCUUUUAUCAAUCGCAGAACCAAUUAAAAAUUAUGAUUAUUAUUAUCAUCGUCGCAAAUCUGCAACAUCAAAAUGUAUUCAAACUGGAAUAUACCCAGAUAUACUUGAUUGUUCAUUAUUUCAUUAUUGUCACAAGAAUCAAAAACACGAAAUAUUCAAAUGUCCAAAUGGCUCACAUUUUGAUCCAAAAAUAUUUAUAUGUUCGGCACCUCAACUAGUCAAUUGUCAAUAUGAACCACCAACAGAAUCAACAAUAAUUGACGAUACUUCAACCAUUGAAUUAGACCUGAUUUGCCGUGAUUAUGCUCCUCGUACUCGUUUACCCGUGUCAAAUAAAUUCGAUGAGUUUAUCAUAUGUGGAUAUAGUGGUGAAAGAAGUAUUCGAAUGAAGUGUACAUCAGGUUUUAAUUACAAUGCAUUUACGACGAACUGUGAAAUGAAAUUAUGUACUAUGGAUUUAAUAUUAUGUCAAAAUAAUGGUCAAUGUAUAGAUGAACCCGAAAAUGCAAAAGGUUUUAAAUGCAUAUGCUCAAUUGAGUACCGUGGAGAAUAUUGUGAGAAACAUGUUGAAGUAGAACAAACAACAAAACGUGGAAGUAAUAUUUCGAUUGAAGAGUUUUUACGGUUUUCUAAUCGUUUCAAUAAUAAUACUAAACCUCUAAAAACAACUACUGGUACAAAAUUUAAAAUUGAUCUUUCUCAAAAGUCAAUACCUUGUAAUGAUCCAAAGGUUGGAAAUAAAAUUAGUGUUAUUGAAAAAAAAUCAAAUGCAAAUUCACAAUUAUCCCAAAUAUUUCAUCAUUUGAAUGAUAGUUAUGAUCCACAACAAGAAAUCAAUGACAUUAUCAAAAUAAUAUUUAUUUCUAUUUUGACUUUUAUCAGUCUUAUUCUUUUCAGUUCAAUUAUUUUCGGUGCUUUGAUUUGUAUACGUUUGAUUUCAUUUUCACCAAGAGAACCUGUUGGCGUUUGGAAAACAUUAAUAGAAGAAUCAAGUGUUUAG